CCCUGCCGAAAACUCAUCAAGCUUACCAAGAAAGCAACAUCCCAAAACCCAUCAAACUCAUCAAGAAAGUCGAGCAAACCAUCCAAAACCCUAAUCCCUCUACCAAAUGGGAAGCAGCCAAGCCGCCGUCUCUUUCCUGACGAAUCUUGCCCGCUCCGCCUUCGGGCUGGGCGUGGCGGCCACCGCCCUAUCCUCCUCCCUAUACACAGUCGACGGUGGCCAGCGUGCCGUCCUAUUCGACCGUUUCCGAGGCAUUCUCGACGACACCGUAGGCGAGGGAACCCAUUUCCUCAUCCCGUGGGUCCAGAAGCCUUACAUCUUCGACAUCCGCACGCGCCCUCACACCUUCUCCUCCAUCUCCGGCACCAAAGACCUUCAGAUGGUCAACCUCACACUCCGCGUCUUAUCCCGUCCUGAAAUCGGCAAGCUCCCUGUUAUUGUAAAGAACCUCGGCCUUGAGUACGAUGAGAAGGUUCUUCCGUCCAUAGGCAAUGAGGUCCUCAAGGCUGUCGUCGCGCAGUUCAACGCUGAUCAGCUCCUCACCGACCGUUCUCAGGUAUCCGCUCUCGUUCGUGACAGUCUCAUUCGCCGCGCCAAGGAUUUCAACAUUGUUCUCGAUGAUGUCGCCAUCACGCACCUCUCCUACGGCAGCGAGUUCUCGCGCGCGGUGGAGCAGAAGCAGGUGGCACAACAGGAGGCUGAGCGGUCCAAGUUCGUCGUGAUGAAGGCCGAGCAGGAGCGGCGGGCCGCGAUUAUCCGUGCCGAGGGAGAGAGCGAUGCGGCGAAGCUAAUCUCCGACGCUACUGCC